AAUAGGGGUGACUGACACUGAACACAGACAACCGUCUGGGAUCUGUUUUAAAGUGUAAUGGUUUGAGUGAUUAUGGCAGACGACAAACCAGCACAACAAGAAAAACUAAAACAGGUACUAAAUUUACGGGAACUCUACCACGGAAGAUUCACACAGGAUGAAAUUAAAACCCUUCUUCAGGAACAUGAUUGGAAUGAUGGACAGGUCAUCAGUUUUAUACAAGAAAAUGAACCAGCGACUGUUCGACAGAGCAUCCAACGGCUAUCAGAGAACGAAAUAAAAGAAAUCCAGAGCGAUCGGAAUAUUGCGCGAAACCUAGCAGAAGGAAUAGCCACUCAGAGACGCCUUUUCUCGUGUGAAUCCUGUGACCGAUUCUGGUGGAGGAAAGUACCAGAAAGGAAACUGGUAUCGAAAUGUCACCGUUGCCAUGUGAAAUACGAGCCUGUUCCGGUUGAGAAUGAAUGGGGCUGGGCGAUAUUCAGUUGUGAAUGUGGGAAUGAAUUCAGUGGACAUGGCCAAUGGCAAGUUGGAAGCGAAUGUUACAAAUGUGGAAGUGAAGCGUUUGCUACAGAAAUCCGACCUCCAGUUUAUCGUCGGACGAGGCGAACCCGAAGCAGACACAGUUGUAACGCACCUGAUUGUGACGGCACGGGCAACAACGUGAUCACAACUGGGGGCUCUCGAAACGACUUGACCGCAAGUAAUGACUCUGGACACAACAUGACAGGAAGCGAGAAUACGGGUGCCACUGGAGGUGGUGAAACAAUCUAUAACCGUGGUUCAGGAAGUCGGGAAGAAACAAACAACGGUUAUUUGGAAACUGGUGGUCAUGUGGUACAUGUCUCCCCUGGACGAUAUCAAAGAGGCCAUUCACACGGAGGGCCUCUAGUUAUGAACGUGUGUGUGAGUCCAGAAUCCAGACAGGGCAAGAAGAAGGUGAUAUUUGCCAGCAGGAGACACAUCAGUUCCGGUUCUACAGUAGAUACAUUCCUUGAACAGGACGAUCUCUGCUCCCUGGAUUCUUACGUGUCAUCCUUACCCGUUAUUCAAGAACAAUGACCUCAUUGUCAAAAAACUACAAAUUCACUUAGAUUCACGGAAUUGGGUCUUUAACAGCCAAAUCAAAAUGCGAUGAUGUAGCUGAUUUUUGUCUUUGAGAAAGAUGAAUGUGAGAGCAUUAGCUAUGCGAAUCGAAUAAUGUUUAUAUUUCAUUCCUUCAUUCUUGUCUUUGCAUUUUGAUACAUUUUUUUAAAAUCAAAUUAUUUACAUCUUCCAUAUCCAAGCUUUACAUUCCACUUAAAUGAUUCUGCUAGUUCUUUAUGUUCGUUGAUAACUUCUUAGUCAGUUACAUUGAACGUCAGAAAUCAACUAUGGCAUGACCAUGACCAAACCAAUUUAUUGGAACCUGUUAUCAGAAGUAAGGUAUUUUAUAUCAAAACAUAUCCUAACAUGUAAACUUAUAUUUAGAACUACGAAAUUACUAAUAUUACUAGUAUAUGCAUGUCUUAAAUCCUAAAAUUAUGAUAAACAUUAUUCUUGGGAGUCAUUAAUGUUAUUUGCUUACUUUGUAGGUUGCUGCUUAUUGUUAAAGUUAAGAUAUGAUAGUGUUAUAUAUAAACUGCUGGUUUGUCUGUUACAUACUGGGCAAAUAAUGCAUUUCCAAAACAAAACGUUUUCUUUUAUACUCAUAUUCAUACAUCAUAUCAAUAGUUUCAAAUGCUAUUUUAUUAACGAAAGAGAAAAAAUCCCAUGACUGUCACAACAAAGCAAAAGUGAAAAUAGAUGAAAGUUCAUGACUGAUAUAGCCUCUCUUGCUUAGCAGGUUUCUAUCAAUUUUCGCUCAACAUUGACUGUAUAUUUCUAUAUAGCACUCAUAGUCACAUACUAAAACUAAAACCUUUAACAGCAAAUUAAAUUUUGUAUAAUAUUUCAUGAGAAAAAACAUGAAAUUAUAUGCACCAACAUAAUCUUUAAAUAUACCCAUCUUCCUUGCCCUAAUACUCCCUAUUUCACUUGUAUACCUUAAAUAUAACAAAUGAAGUUUUUUUCUAACAUUAUGCUGAUAAAAUAACA